AUGUCUAGACGAAACGCCCAAUAGAGAGAAACAAGAGUAAAGCAGGUGUCUCAAGGCUUUGCCCUGCUGAGACAACACGUUCCUCAGGCUGCAAGGAAAAAGAAAAUGAGCAAGGUGGAAACUUUGCGCUGUGCCGUCGACUACAUUCGGGGGCUGCAGCUGCUGCUGGACAGUGACCCCCCCACCCAGAUCUCAGGACCACCCCCGGCCGCCGCCAUCCACAGCUUCCACCACCACCAGCAGCUGCAGCAACAACAAAACCAGGUGUUUCUACAGCCUCCACACGCCAUAGAGCCGCAUAUCCUGAAACUUCCAGUGGCUGACGAGACCUUCCAGUCUCCCGUAUCCCUCAGGUAUGACAGCGUCACCGGAACCUUCUUUAGGACGUCACCCAGCGACUCCGAGGGCAGCCCGUCUCCAGCGCACCCUUUCCUCCAAGACAAGCACCCUUCCGCAGCCCACACCACGCCCACCUCGUCCCUGGGCUUGGGCGCCAUAAAGACGGAAAGCAUCGAGAGCAGGUCCUAUGGGAAGGAGGAGCAGGAUCUCCUGGAGGCGCUGGCGUGGUGGCAGCACAACAUCCAUCAAUAGUGGAGGAGUCGUGAAGGGGGAUGCUGCAGGGCGGGGCUGUGAGGCAGGGAGUAGACAGGAGACAGGAGUCAUUGCUUGAUGAUAAACAUGACACUUAACAUGCAUGAAUAUUACGGUAUACUAUUUAUACUCUACAUUUUUUAAACGAACAUUUAUGCAUUUUAUUUUUAUUUUAUCGAUAAUUACAUUGCAUCGUCACGAUGUAUACUCAUGCCACUAGGACAGACCUCUGAAACAGCUACAGGCAACUUGAGUCAUUCACUUUGGAUAGGUCACUCAGCGACCUGAUUAAUUCAAACUAAAAGUCUUCAAAGUUACCCGUUGUAGCGUUCAGUGUCCCUUUGAUGUUCUCGUUGUUCUCCUCAGACCCGCUUUGAGCUUCCUCUGGGUAAGUCUUAGGGUUCUUCAGUUUCUCUCCUAUCCCUCAGUCGCUGCCUCUUCCUUAACAGGUCGCUAUUCUAGUCCAGGCUGUGUGUGUUGGUCUGUGUAUAUCAAGUCGCGCACGAAUAGCAAACGUAGGAAUCAACAAUUUGUACAUUUGCUUCCCUUCCAAAACAAACUUACUAUCCACACAGGCUGCUUCACACAUAUUCUAUGAUAUUUAUUGACCUACAAAAUGUACAUAUGGAACGCCCAUCACUUGAGGCAGAUUCUAUCCUGUAUACAUAUUUAGUGAUAGAUAGCCGUAGUCGGUAUGAUGAGAGCGGUGUAAAUACGUUAUUACAGUGAGUUUCCUACAACUUAUCUAACAGCUGCAUCAUCACCGACGGAAUGUUUGCACAGUAAAUGGAUUUAUUCUCAUUGUUUUCUCUUUUUCUUAACCUCCAAGAUUGUAAGAAACGUGAUUAGAAUGGGAAAGAUACAUGUUUGUUCCUCGUUUAUUAGAGUUUUAAUGUGCUUAUUUAUAUGACGUAGGAGUAUGUUUGAAAUGCUGAAGUUCCAAACACCUAACAA